AUGGCGCCGUCGCCGCCGCCCGUGCUGCCCGCGCUGGUGUUCCUGGCCGCCGCCGCCGCCCUACCGGCGCUGGGGCUUCGAGCGGCCGCCUGGGAGCUGCGCGUGCCCGGCGGUGUCCGCGCCUUCGCCCUCGGGCCCGGCUGGACCUACAUGUUGGACACCGAGCGCAGGUCCCCGGCACUGCGAGAGCUACUGGACGUGACCCGGGUUGGACUGCUGGCGGGACGGCGGCGCGGACUGGACGAGGGGUCCCGGGACUGCGUGCGCCUACGGGGGCGGCUGCUGCCUCUGCAGGUCCUCCUGGCAGCCCGCAGUGCCCCGGCGGCGCUGAAUGUGGCACUGCAGGCGCGCGCCCACGGCCUCGGCUGCGGGGUCCGGCUGCGGCGUCUAUCAGCCCCCGGAGCGGAGUUGCGCGCGCGGGCCGUGCUCUCAGUGGCUGAGCUCCGCGGGUCGCUCUGCUAUCCGACCCCUGGCGGUGGCGCGGCUUCGCUGCCCUCGGUGCUCGCGGCCCUCACCACCUUCCCUGCCUGCAGCUGCCUGCCUCUCCCCGGGCCGCGUUGCCCGCGCCGACCCAUCUGCUUGCCGCCGGGCGGUUCGGCCCGCCUGCGCCUGCUGUGCGCCCUGAGGCACGCGGCCGGCGCCGUCUGGGUGGAGCUGGCUUUGGAGACCGCCACCGGGACGCCCUCCGCGUCACCGUCGCCUUCACCAUCGUCGCUGGGUCUACCUCAGGCUAGGGCGGGGGCGGCACGGCGGGCGCGGCGGGGCGCGGGCGGCAGCACCAGCCCGCAGUUCCCGCUGCCCAGCUACCAGGUGUCGGUGCCUGAGAACGAGCCGGCGGGCACCGCGGUCAUCGAACUGCGAGCGCACGAUCCCGACGAGGGCGAGGCGGGGCGCCUGAGUUACCAGAUGGAGGCGCUGUUCGACGAGCGCUCCAAUGGCUACUUCCUCAUCGACUCCGCCACGGGCGCCGUGAGCACGGCCCGCGCACUGGACCGCGAGACCAAGGACACUCAUGUUCUUAAAGUUAGCGCUGUGGACCACGGCUCACCACGGCGUACGGCGGCCACCUACCUCACGGUGACAGUCAGCGACACCAAUGAUCACAGCCCUGUCUUCGAGCAGUCCGAGUAUCGUGAGCGUGUGCGCGAAAACCUCGAGGUGGGUUAUGAGGUGCUGACCAUCCGUGCCACCGACGGCGACGCGCCCUCCAAUGCCAAUAUGCGUUACCGCCUGCUGGAGGGUGCCGGCGGCGUCUUUGAGAUUGAUGCGCGCUCAGGCGUGGUGCGCACAAGGGCAGUGGUGGACAGGGAAGAGGCGACUGAGUACCAGCUGCUGGUGGAAGCCAACGACCAAGGCCGCAACCCAGGCCCCCUCAGUGCCACGGCCAUCGUGCACAUCGUGGUGGAGGAUGAGAACGAUAACUACCCUCAGUUUAGUGAGAAGCGCUAUGUAGUCCAGGUGCCCGAAGAUGUGGCUGUCAACACUGCUGUGCUUCGGGUGCAGGCCACUGACCGGGACCAGGGGCAGAAUGCGGCCAUACACUACAGCAUCGUCAGCGGCAACCUCAAGGGGCAGUUCUACCUUCAUUCCCUGAGUGGGAGCCUGGAUGUGAUCAACCCGCUGGACUUCGAGGCCAUCCGGGAGUACACCUUGCGCAUCAAGGCGCAGGAUGGGGGCCGGCCUCCGCUCAUUAAUUCCUCGGGGCUGGUGUCCGUUCAGGUGCUGGAUGUGAAUGACAACGCGCCCAUCUUCGUGAGCAGCCCCUUCCAGGCCGCCGUGCUGGAGAACGUACCCCUGGGCCACUCUGUGCUGCACAUUCAGGCGGUAGAUGCAGACGCAGGUGAGAAUGCUCGGCUGCGCUAUCGCUUGGUAGACACAACCUCAGCUGGUUUAGGGGUCGGUGGCACUGGUCCUGAGGGUCCCGCCUCUGCUCGGGACUUCCCCUUCCAGAUCCACAACAGCUCGGGUUGGAUUACUGUGUGUGCAGAGCUGGACCGCGAGGAAGUGGAGCACUAUAGCUUUGGGGUGGAGGCGGUGGACCAUGGCUCACCACCCAUGAGCUCCUCAGCCAGCGUGUCCAUUACUGUGCUGGAUGUAAAUGACAAUGACCCGGUGUUCACGCAGCCGGUGUAUGAGCUUCGUUUGAACGAGGAUGCAGCUGUGGGGAGCAGCGUGCUGACGCUGCGUGCCCGCGAUCGCGAUGCCAACAGCGUGAUCACCUACCAGCUCACGGGCGGCAAUACCCGGAACCGCUUUGCGCUCAGCAGCCAGAGCGGCGGGGGCCUCAUCACCCUGGCGCUGCCACUGGACUACAAGCAGGAGCGGCAGUAUGUGCUGGCUGUGACUGCGUCGGAUGGCACGCGUUCGCACACCGCGCAGGUCUUCAUUAAUGUCACCGACGCCAAUACCCACAGGCCGGUCUUCCAGAGCUCUCACUACACGGUCAGUGUCAGCGAAGACCGGCCUGUGGGCACCUCCAUUGCCACCAUGAGUGCCACUGAUGAGGACACGGGUGAGAAUGCCCGUAUCACAUAUGUGCUGGAGGACCCGGUGCCGCAGUUCCGUAUUGAUCCGGACACCGGCACCAUCUACACCGUGACAGAGCUGGACUAUGAGGACCAGGCUGCCUACACACUGGCCAUCACGGCUCAGGACAACGGCAUCCCUCAGAAGUCAGACACUACCUCUUUGGAGAUCCUCAUCCUGGAUGCCAAUGACAAUGUGCCCAGGUUCCUGCGGGAUUUCUACCAGGGUUCUGUCUUUGAGGAUGCUCCCCCAUCCACCAGCGUCCUCCAGGUCUCCGCGACUGACCGGGACUCGGGCCCUAAUGGCCGCCUUCUGUAUACCUUCCAGGGCGGGGAUGACGGUGAUGGGGACUUUUACAUUGAGCCUACGUCUGGUGUGAUCCGCACCCAGCGUCGGCUGGACCGAGAGAAUGUGGCAGUGUACAACCUACGGGCUCUGGCUGUGGAUCGGGGUAGCCCAGCUCCCCUUAGUGCCACCGUGGAAAUCCAGGUGACCGUCUUGGACAUUAAUGACAACCCCCCUGUGUUUGAGAGAGACGAGCUGGAGCUGUUUGUAGAGGAGAACAGCCCAGUGGGGUCGGUGGUGGCCAGGAUUCAGGCCAAUGACCCCGAUGAAGGUCCCAAUGCUCAGAUCAUGUAUCAGAUUGUAGAGGGCAAUGUGCCCGAGGUCUUCCAGCUCGAUCUGUUGAGUGGGGAUCUGCGCGCCCUGGCUGAGCUGGACUUCGAGGUGCGGAGGGACUACGUGCUGGUGGUGCAGGCCACAUCCGCCCCUCUGGUGAGUAGGGCCACGGUGCACAUCCGCCUCUUGGACCAGAACGACAACCCACCGGAGCUGCCGGACUUCCAGAUCCUCUUCAACAACUACGUUACUAACAAGUCCAACAGCUUCCCCGGCGGCGUGAUUGGCCGCAUCCCGGCCCAUGACCCUGACCUGUCGGACAGCCUCAACUACACCUUCCUGCAGGGCAACGAGCUGCAGCUGUUGCUGCUGGACUCCGCCACCGGCGAACUGCAGCUCAGUCGGGACCUGGACAACAACCGGCCGCUGGAGGCGCUCAUGGAGGUGUCUGUGUCCGAUGGCAUCCACAGUGUCACGGCUCUCUGCACCCUGCGUGUCAUCAUCAUCACAGAUGACAUGCUGACAAAUAGCAUCACCGUCCGCCUGGAGAACAUGUCCCAGGAGAAGUUCCUCUCCCCACUGCUGUCCCUCUUCGUGGAAGGGGUGGCCACAGUGCUGUCCACCACCAAGGAUGACAUCUUCGUCUUCAACAUCCAGAACGACACCGACGUCAGGUCCAAUAUCCUGAAUGUGACCUUCUCAGCGUUGCUCCCCGGUGGCGCUCGGGGCAGGUUCUUCCCAUCCGAGGACCUGCAGGAGCAGAUCUACCUGAACCGGACGCUGCUGACCACCAUCUCCGCCCAGCGCGUGCUGCCCUUCGACGACAACAUCUGCCUGCGGGAGCCCUGCGAGAACUACAUGAAGUGCGUGUCCGUGCUCAGGUUCGACAGCUCGGCCCCCUUCAUCAGCUCCACCACGGUGCUCUUCCGGCCCAUCCACCCCAUCACCGGCCUGCGCUGCCGCUGCCCGCCCGGCUUCACCGGGGACUACUGCGAGACCGAGAUCGACCUCUGCUACUCCAGCCCGUGUGGCACCAACGGCCGCUGCCGGAGCCGAGAGGGCGGCUACACCUGCGAGUGCUUCGAGGACUUCACCGGGGAGCACUGCCAGGUGAACGUCCGCUCCGGCCGCUGUGCCAAUGGAGUGUGCAAGAACGGAGGCACAUGUGUGAACCUGCUCAUCGGUGGCUUCCACUGCGUGUGCCCGCCUGGCGAAUACGAGCGGCCCUACUGCGAGGUCAGCACCCGGAGCUUCCCGCCCCAGUCCUUUGUCACCUUCCGAGGCCUGCGACAGCGCUUCCACUUCACCGUCUCCCUUGCGUUUGCCACCCACGAGAGGAAUGCCCUGCUGCUGUACAACGGCCGUUUCAAUGAGAAGCAUGACUUCAUUGCCUUAGAGAUCGUGGAUGAGCAGGUGCAGCUCACCUUCUCGGCAGGUGAGACCACAACCACUGUGGCACCACAGGUUCCUGGAGGUGUGAGUGACGGGCGGUGGCAUUCGGUGCAGGCACACUACUACAACAAGCCCAACAUUGGCCGCCUGGGCCUUCCCCAUGGGCCAUCUGGAGAGAAAGUGGCCGUGGUGACCGUGGACGACUGUGAUGCAGCUGUGGCUGUGCACUUUGGGAGCUACGUGGGGAACUACAGCUGCGCUGCCCAGGGUACUCAGAGUGGCUCGAAGAAGUCUCUGGAUCUGACAGGCCCUCUGCUCCUGGGAGGCGUCCCCAACCUGCCGGAAGACUUCCCAGUGCACAACCGGCAGUUUGUGGGCUGCAUGAGGAACCUGUCCAUCGAUGGCAGGAGCGUGGACAUGGCAGGAUUCAUCGCCAACAAUGGCACCGUGGCAGGCUGUGCUGCUCAGAGAAACUUCUGUGAUGGAACCUCAUGCCAGAAUGGUGGCACCUGUGUCAACAGAUGGAACACGUACCUGUGCAAGUGUCCACUCCGGUUCGGUGGGAAGAACUGUGAGCAAGUCAUGCCCCACCCCCAGCGCUUCAGCGGUGAGAGUGUUGUAUCCUGGAAUGACCUAGACAUUACCAUCUCUGUGCCCUGGUACCUGGGGCUGAUGUUCCGGACCCGGAAGGAGGACGGUGUGUUGAUGGAGGCUACUGCUGGCGUGUCUUCCAGGCUCCAUCUCCAGAUCCUAAACAACUAUGUCCAGUUUGAGGUGUCCCAUGGCCCCUCUGACAUGGCAUCCAUGCAGCUGUCCAGGUCUCGUGUGACUGAUGGGGAGUGGCACCACCUCUUGAUAGAGCUGAGGAGCGCCAAGGAGGGCAAGGAUAUCAAAUACCUGGCAGUCGUGACCCUGGACUAUGGGAUGGACCAGAACACAGUGCAGAUCGGGAACCAGCUUCCUGGGUUGAAGAUGAGGAGUGUUGUCAUCGGGGGUGUGUCUGAAGACAAGGUCUCUGUGCGCCGUGGCUUCCGUGGCUGCAUGAAGGGGGUGAGAAUGGGGGAGACAGCUACCAAUGUGGCCACCCUGAACAUGAACGAUGCCCUCAAGGUCAGGGUGAAGGACGGCUGUGAUGUGGAUGACCCGUGUGCCUCCAGCCCCUGCCCUGAGCACAGCCGCUGCCAGGACACCUGGGACAGCUACUCCUGCAUCUGUGACAAAGGGUACUUCGGAAGGAAGUGUGUGGACGCAUGUCACCUGAACCCCUGCAAGCAUGUAGCGGCCUGCGUGCGAUCCCCCAGCUCCCCACGUGGCUACGAGUGCCAGUGCGGGCCCGGCCACUACGGGCAGUACUGCGAGAACAAAAUCGACCUUCCAUGCCCCAAAGGCUGGUGGGGGAAUCCUGUCUGUGGCCCCUGUCACUGUGCUGUCAGCCAAGGCUUCGAUCCUGACUGCAACAAGACCAAUGGCCAGUGCCAGUGCAAGGAGAACUACUACAAGCCCCCAGCCCAGGACGCCUGCCUGCCCUGCGACUGCUUCCCCCAUGGCUCCCACAGCCGCACGUGUGACAUGGACACCGGACAGUGCGCCUGCAAGCCUGGCGUCAUAGGUCGCCAGUGCAACCGCUGUGACAACCCCUUCGCGGAGGUCACCUCACUUGGCUGCGAAGUUGUCUACAAUGGAUGUCCCAGAGCGUUUGAGGCUGGCAUUUGGUGGCCUCAGACGAAGUUCGGGCAGCCAGCUGCAGUGCCAUGUCCCAAGGGAUCUGUGGGAAACGCCAUCCGGCACUGCAGUGGCGAGAAAGGCUGGCUGCCCCCAGAGCUCUUCAACUGCACUACUGGCUCCUUCUUGGAUCUCAAAGUCUUGAAUGACAAGCUGAGCCGCAAUGAGACUCGGAUGGAUGGCGACCGGUCCCUGCAGCUGGCAAAGGCGCUGCGGAACGCCACACAGCACAGCGGCGUGCUCUUCGGCAACGAUGUCCGCACAGCCUACCAGCUGCUGGCCCAUGUCCUGCAGCACGAGAGCCAGCGGCAGGGCUUCGAGCUGGCGGCCACGCGCGACGCUGACUUCCACGAGGAUGUCAUCCACGUAGGCAGUGCCCUCCUGGCCCCAGCCACCAGGGCCUCAUGGGAGCAGAUCCAACGGAGCGAGGGCGGUGCAGCACAGCUGCUGAGACGCUUCGAGGCCUACUUCAGCAAUGUGGCACGCAAUGUGAGGAGGACCUACCUGCGGCCAUUUGUCAUCGUCACUGCCAACAUGGUUCUUGCAGUUGACAUCUUUGACAAGUUUAACUUCACUGGUGCCCGGGUGCCACGGUUUGAGGCCAUUCAGGAUGAGCUCCCAAGGGAGUUGGAGUCUUCUGUGUCCUUUCCAGCUGAUGUCUUUAAACCACUGGAGAAAAGAGAAGGACCCAUGAUGAGGCCGGCCAGGUGGAGGGUCACGUCCCAGACGGUGCACCCAGAGCCGGAGGCUGAGGAGUCCCCGGUCAGCAGGCGGAGGAGACACCCAGACGAUCCCGGCCAGUUUGCUGUUGCCAUGGUCAUCAUUUACCAGACCCUGGGCCAGAUGCUGCCUGAGCAGUACGACCCUGACCGCCGCAGCCUCCGGCUUCCUAACCGACCAGUCAUCAACACCCCAGUGGUUAGCACCGUGGUGUACAGUGAGGGGACUCCACUCCCAAGCCCCCUGGACAGGCCCGUCCUUGUGGAGUUUGCCCUGUUGGAGACGGAGGAGCGGACCAAGCCUGUCUGUGUGUUCUGGAACCACUCUCUUGACACUGGUGGAACUGGAGGCUGGUCGGCCAAAGGCUGCGAGCUCCUGUCCAGGAACCAGACCCACAUCACCUGCCAGUGCAGCCAUUCAACCAGCUGUGCAGUGCUCAUGGACAUCUCCAGGCGUGAGCAUGGGGAGGUCCUGCCCCUGAAGAUCGUCACCUACACCACCGUGUCCCUGUCCCUGGCAUCCCUCCUGGUGGCCUUCAUCCUCCUCACCCUGGUCCGGACACUGCGCUCCAACCUGCACUGCAUUCACAAGAACCUCACUGGAGCGCUGUUCUUCUCCCAGCUGAUCUUCGUGGUCGGGAUCAACCGCACAGAGAACCCGUUCCUCUGCACAGUAGUUGCCAUCCUCCUGCACUACGUCUACAUGAGCGCCUUCGCCUGGACCCUGGUAGAGAACCUGCACGUCUACCGAAUGCUGACCGAGGUGCGCAACAUUGACACGGGACCCAUGAGGUUCUACUAUGUCGUGGGCUGGGGCAUCCCGGCCAUCGUCACAGGACUGGCGGUUGGACUGGACCCCCAGGGCUAUGGGAACCCCGACUUCUGCUGGCUGUCCCUUCAUGACACGCUGAUCUGGAGCUUUGCUGGACCCAUCGGAGCGGUUAUAAUCAUCAAUACAGUCAUUUUUGUCCUGUCUGCAAAGGUUUCCUGCCAAAGAAAGCACCAUUAUUAUGAAAGAAAAGGGGUUGUCUCCCUGCUGAGGACUGCCUUUGUUCUGCUGCUGCUCGUUAGUGCUACCUGGCUGCUGGGGCUUCUGGCUGUGAACAGCGACACACUGAGCUUUCACUACCUCUUUGCAGCCUUCAGCUGCUUACAGGGCCUCUUUGUCCUCCUGUUCCACUGCGUGUUCAACAGGGAGGUACGGAAACACCUAAGGGCAGUGAUGGCUGGGAAGAAGCCACACCUGGAUGACUCAGCUACCACCAGGGCCACCCUGCUGACGCGCUCCCUCAACUGCAACAACACAUACGGUGAGGGGCCUGACAUGCUCCGUACGGCCCUGGGCGAGUCCACCGCUUCUCUGGACAGCACCACCAGGGAUGAAGGGGUCCAGAAGCUCAGUGUGUCCUCUGGGCUGGCACGCGGUGGCCAUGGAGAGCCAGACUCAUCUUUCAUCCCCAGGAGCUCCAAGAAACCCCAUGGCCCUGACUCAGACUCGGACAGUGAGUUGUCCCUGGAUGAGCAGAGCAGCUCCUAUGCCUCCUCACACUCGUCGGACAGUGAGGAUGAUGGUGGAGAGACCGAGGACAAGUGGGACCCAGCCCAGGGCCCUGUCCACAGCACCCCCAAAGGGGACACUCUGGGCAACCAUGUCCCAGCUGGCUGGCCCGAUGAGAGCCUGGCUGGGAGCGACAGUGAGGAGGCAGGCACUGAGCCCCACCUGAAGGUGGAGACCAAGGUCAGCGUGGAGCUGCACCGCCAGGAGCAAGGCAAUCACUGUGGUGACCGACCCCUCGACUGGGACAGCGGGGGCCUGGGCAAGCCUGCAGCUGUGCUCAGCAACCAGCCCCCGGAGCAGAGGAAAGGCAUCCUGAAAAACAAAGUCACCUACCCUCCACCACUGCCAGAGCAACCACUGAAAUGCCGGCUGCGGGAGAAGCUGGCUGACUGUGAGCAGAGCCCCACGUCCUCACGCACAUCUUCUCUGUGCUCUGGUGAUGGUCGCGCCCCUGACUGUGUCAUCACCAUCAAGACCCCACGUAGGGAGCCAGGCCGGGAGCACCUCAACGGGGUGGCCAUGAAUGUGUGCACAGGAAGUGCCCAGGCGGAUGGCUCUGACUCAGAAGGCAGUAACGAAACUUCAAUUUGA